UCUGGUUUAUUUCGCCGCUCAUCGCGGUGUUCUCGUGUUCUCACUCUGCUCUGUGUUCUCGUCCCUCAGGGCGACCAGGAGGUGAAGGCGGCGGCUCCCGGCAAUGAGCCUUCAGAAGCCGGCGCCCGAGCCGAGGUGGAGCCGGACAAGUUCGAGCUCCCUCCGGAGUCGGACGAGGAGUACAUGGUGGUGGAGGAGGCCGACUCGGCGGCGGCCGGCCGCGUCAAGAAGACGGGCCUGACGCGCAUCGAGAGCUUCAAAGCCACCUUCUCCAAGGAGAACAUGAACAAGACCCGCGAGAACCUGGGCACCAAGGUCAACAAGUUCGGAGAGCGCAUCGUGACGGCCGAGAGGCGCGAGAAGAUCCGCCAGUCCGGCGAGAGGCUGAAGCAGUCGGGCGAGAGGCUGAAGGAGACCAUCACCAAGAGCGUCCCCGCCAAACUCAACCUGAAGAAGGAGAGGACUGUGGCGGAGGGCCAGGAGGGAGCCGAGGGCGCCACGGAGGGAGCCGCGCCCGUUCCCCCUCCAAAGGGCCGUAAGGGCAGCCCGGACGCCGGCAAGGCGGCUGACGACGAGGGCAAGGCGGAGGAGUCGGAGGUGCCGAUGUACGACAUGAAGCAGCUGUCGUAAAGAGAAGAGACCCGGGCCGUUUUCUUUGGACCACUGAGAGCACAGCGAGGGGGCGAAGGAGCGAGAAGGCGAAGGAGCAAGGGAGCGAGGAGGCUAGGGGACAAGGGAAGGUUUUAGGGUCGCUGCAGGAAACAAAGAGGAACUUUAGUUUGAAGGUUGUUGAAGGAAGUGAGCAGAGAACCAGCCGGCCGCAGAUCCAGUCCGACAAACAACCAAUCAGGAACCACGGAGGUCACUUCACGUGUGCGCUGGACAUUUAGGAUCACAUCAGAAAAUAUAUUUAUUUAUGGUCGUUUUUUGUUUGUUUGUGUUUAAUAAACACUGACUUUGGGAACUAAAAGACGAAGUGUUGAGAACUCGCCGUCACGCCGCCGCUGCGUUUCCGCAUGAGGGUGAAACGUUGGAGGCUGGAUGGAGUUUUGGUACGUUUGGUUUUUAACAGAACGUUUAACAGAACGUUUGGUUCAGUUAAAUGUUUGGAGACAAAAAGCCACCGAGAGUUUAGCGUCAGUCGAGGUGAAAUCAUUAAAAGGCUAAAAACUGAGGAUGCACCUGAAUUAUCUGGACUUUACGGUGAGAAUUCGGAGGCAACGAUCAGGAUGAAGUUGUUUGUUUCUGUAAACGUCUUCACGUGUCACAUGUCAACAAGAAAAAGAACAAAAACAGGAAAUAAUCU